GCCGGGCUAGUUGGCCCUCGUGGGCCGUGGCCCGGGGACGGGGGGGAGGUGUUGCCGCCGGCGCGGGAGGGGAGGUGCGGGGCUCGAGCCGAGCGUCCCAACCCAACGACCUCUCCAAGAGGGAAGGCCCGGACUUUCCCAGGCCAGAGAGAUAGAGGAUGUGCGGAGGAGCGAGUCGGCUGCCGGGUGUGGGCUGGGGCGGGGUCGCUGGGGUCCCCGCUCCAGGCCCUUGAGCUGCUCCUGCCCCCGCGCCGAACUCCUCGGCACCUCGUUGGCGCGCGCAGCUGCAGCUGCGCCUGCGCCCUCGGAGGUCUUCUCUGCGCCUCGCAGCCCACCGGUGGGCCGAGAACGGAAGAAACAGUCCUCAGGGAGGGCGGAGCCCGCAGGGUCAGUACCACGGGCGCCCUGCAGGAUUCUGGCUGGAGAAGGCGGAGAGACCGCCAGAUCGAGGGUCGGGCGCCAGGAGCAGGCUGGAACUGCGCCAGGAGCCUGGAAUCCUCAGUGGCAGGGGACACGGCUGCCCUGCACCCCCUUCCCCGCAGGUGGCUCCGGGACGGCUGCUCCCCCACCAGGACGCCUGGCAGCUUGGGCGGGGCACGGCUGUGCGCCCAGGGGCAGGCGGUGCUGGAGCGCCUGGGCUGAGCGGGGGCAUCUGAGUCCGCGGACGAGCGAGUCCGGCUGGGAACUUACGCCUCACGUCGUGCGCAGCCUGUCACCCUCUCGCCCGUAACCUCUCCCAAACUGGACAGGCCCUACAAGCUGCCGGCCCGCCCCGUGCCGCUUCCCCCAGACCCGGAGGUCCAGACCUGCAGAAGAAGCUCGCUGUGUGGCCCGAUUAACAAACGGUGCCCCACAAAUCCAACGCAAAAGUCGCCGUUGGAGUGUGAACUCUCCCUCACCCGAAGCACACACGUGUACAAUACUGGCUUCUUUGAAAACUCUAAGGAAGACAUGUUUUAACAUUUCUUAAAUUUAUAGAGUAACGCAUAAACACCCUAUUUACAAUCAAGAAAGGCGUAGUGCAAUGUAAGGCUCAACCACCACCGUCCACCCCUCUCCACCAGACCCCCUCCAACUAAAGCUCCGGUGCCCUUCCCCUGCGCUCAUCCCACUGCCGGCCGUGACCCUGGCGCGCCCCUGGGGGGUUGCCCCCGCCCCCACGACGGCACCCACCCCAGGUGCUGUGGUGGUGUCCGGAUGGCCGGGCCGCGCACUGAGCCGCGGCGGGAACACAUCCCGAUCGCUCCAGACGCGCGUAGACGCUAACUAAAGGCUGAUCAAUGAAACGGAGCGGCGGCGUCCCUUGUGGGCGCGGACCUGGCCUGUCCUCCAGGUAUCCAGGUUUUCGUUUCCCUGUGCCCAGGGGGUCCUUCCCCACGGCGCUUCCUUUUAACGUGGCCUCGGCCUCACGUGCUGGUGGAGGUAAAUCUCGCUCUCCGGACGACCCUCCCGGGGGCCUCACGCCUAGGAAAGGUGGGCGCGAGUCCAAUACAGAUCGCCUUUACCAGGGGCUGACACUUGGAGGAUCUGCACCCACCCCCCGGCCUGAUGGCGUCUCUUCUCCACUGCAGCUCGAGUGGCGCCCACGCGCGAGCCCGGCAGCCCCUGCUGGGGGGUCCCCCGCCCGCGGCCGUGCCCUCGCCCCCUGCCCUGCCCUUGCCCCCUCCGGCCUGCCAUAGCAACCGUUGCUAAGAGGUGUGGCUCGGCCCGGUGGUGCUGGGGUGAUUCCACGGCUCAUGAAUAUUUGAUUAUUCAAACGAGGUCCUGCCCCCCGUUGCCAUGGCGUCCAAGUCCCGCAACCUCCCGGCCGGAAGAACAACCUCGUAUGGGAGAGAGCAGAGGGCGCCCAGGGCCGAGCCCGCAAGGCCGGGGCACUGGGGCAGAGCCCUCAGGCCAGGUCGCCCGCCGUCAGGGUGGUGGAAAGGGCUGAGGCCGACAGCCCCUGCGUCCUGUGCUCCCGCCUCGUCCUGGGCCAGGGCCGGGCCAACCUGCUUUCUCUUGCAGGUACCGCCUGAGGCCACAUGCCACCCCCAUGCCCGGAUGUGUGACCCACUGAAGAAAAAGGCUUCUGCCUGCGGGCUGGAUGUGAAUGGACAAGACCCGGGACAGGGCCCUUGGGCCUCGGCCCAGCACGGCCAGCAUCCAGGUGCGGGAGCUGAGCUGGCAGGGCCUGCACAACCCCCGCCCGCAGAGCAAGGACCCAGACGGCAGGGAAGGCCUGGGCAAGCGGCUGGUGGAGGAGUGCCUGUCCCCCGCCCGACUGCGGACCCUGGCCCAGGUGGACAACCUCCGGCUGGUCACCGUGCUGGAGAUGUGCGUCGAUACCCGCGAGCACAGCCUGGGCAACUUCGGGCUGCACCUGCCCAACCUCAGCCAGCUGAAGCUGAAUGACAGCCGCCUGGGCUCUGUGAGAGACCUGGGCACCUCCCUGGGCCACCUGCAGGUGCUGUGGCUGGCUCGCUGUGGCCUGGCUGACCUGGACGGCAUCGGCUGCUUCCCGGCCCUGCAGGAGCUGUACGCCUCCUACAACGACCUCUCGGACCUCAGCCCGCUGUGCCUGCUCGAGCAGCUGGAGGUGCUGGACCUGGAGGGCAACGGCGUGGAGGACCUGGGGCAGGUGCGCUACCUGCAACUGUGCCCGCGGCUGGCCACGCUCACCCUGGAGGGCAACCUGGUGUGCCUGCGGCCACGCCCCUCUGACAAGGUGCCCCAGGGCUACAACUACAGGGCAGAGGUGAGGAAGCUCAUCCCCCAGCUGCAGGUCCUGGACGAGAGGCCUGCCACGCACACAGGUCUGCCAGCCUCCCGGAAGCUGGACCAGGACUGGCUCAUGGUGAAGGAGGCCAUCAAGGAGGGCAGCAUCCUGGACAGCCUGCGUCCCAGGCUGGACGGCCCCCAUGGAGACCCCACUCGGAGAUUGGGCCCCGAGCGAUCCCUGCCCGUGCCCAGGGCUCCCAGGCCUUGGCCCCUCUCCCUCCUGGUCCCGGGAGGUCCCCCGCCUGAAGGUCUGCACCCCAAGAACCCGGCCCUGGAGGACGACGCCAGUGACCUCACGCACGGUGCAGGCCAGGUCCUCUGUGGGAACCCCACCAAAGGCCUCCGGGAGCGUCAGCACCGGUGCCAGGCUGGAGUGCCCCUAGAGCAGCUGCCCCCACCCAGGCUGGAAGACCUGGUCGCCCGGGCCUCCACCCCGGGGCCUGGCCCUGCGGAGAGCUGUGACCUCCCAGCCACCGCGGCUGGACCUCGGACGUGGAGGGAGCAGCGGCACCUACGGCACCUGAAUUCCGGGCCGGAGGGAGCAGCAGCCCCCCGGGGCUCACAGGGGGGCCUCGAAGAACAACAGGAUGGGACAGGGCCCGGGACUUCCCCCAGCUCCCCAAGCCUGGCCCCAGGGCCUUCUGGGACCUGGGGCUAUAACCUGCUCCCCUCUCCCCCCAAGGUCCCCAUGCCACCUGACUCGAACAGCAGCUGCUGGACGUCCAAAGACCUGCAGUUCCGGGGGCGUCGGCUCCGGGCCCUGGGCGGCUCAGGGCCUGGCCUCGGUCAGGGGCUGGCCACAGUGGCCGCUCUGAGAGCCCUGGAGCUGGCCUCCGGACCGGGCCCUCGAGCCCCAGGAUGUCCGGGCCCAAAGGCAGCACCAGACACCGCAGCCGCAGCCAGACCCACGGCCCUGAGGUGCCUGCCGCACCUGAACCCGAUCACGCCAGCCCAAUCCCACCCCUAGCGGAAGCCCCCGCCCACUGCCCAGCUGGCCAGGACCCUGGCCACGAGCGCCCCAGCUUGGCUGAGCAGCCUCCGGACACCCAGAGCGUCUGGAGGGUGUCCUGGGACAGGAGGUGGGCGGGACCAGGAGAGGCCCCUGUUGUUGGGGACAAGUGAGGGAGAGCCCAGGACGGCCUGGCUGCCCACUUCUUCCAGGACUGAGCUGUCCAGUCCACUCCUGGCAGGGCCCCCGGCCACCGUGGGGGCACUGUGGUCCCAGGCCCCCCAGGGCACUUGCCAUGGGCACAGAGGUGUGGGGCCAGGCCUCGCAUCCCCACGGACGCCUAGGUUCGUCCUCUUGGGGCGGGAAGUCUGGAGACCAAGAGAGUCACCUUCGACUUCCGGGUGCACAGAAAUGCAGUUUACUUGGUAGGUGACAUUGGUUCAGUAAAUUACGCAGCUGACA